AUGGAUGCUGGUACACUAAAGCAAAGACUGGAACAAUUUCCAUCACAUUUUCACUGGAAAUUAGAAGAUCAAAGUGAGAGAGAACGGACCGAUUUAAGAAAUCGCAUAGAAGGAGGAUUGGCCGAACAUCCUGACAAACUACCCGUAUGCUAUAUGACACUGGUUGGCUACUUAUGGGUUUCACCUCUUGACAAAAAGGAGCAUUUUAAAAAUGCAUUACAGUGGUUCCAUAAAGCAUCGGAGAUAAAUAGUGUUGAGAUAGAACAGGAGUCAAAACGAGGUAAUAAAGGACCAAUAGGAGAUAAAAUAAUUCUUUUAACAAAUAAAGCAAUGCUUCAACUGAAAUUGGGUAUGCAUAACUCAGUCAAAAAACUGUAUAAAGAGAUUGAGAAGUUGUUCCAAGAAAAGACACCCGAGAUAGAAGCAUAUAUUACAGCCCAUAAAGCAUUUGCCUCAAGACAAUUUGGGCCAGCUAAAUAUAACAUUGCUGCCGAGCUCUUUAAAGAGGCUCUAGAGUGUUUUCCUGAGAACGUAGAUUGGUUAGAGGAAUAUGGAAAGGUUAUAGGAAGAAUAGAGAGAAAUAUGGAAUUGGCUGAUUGUGCAGAGUCAUCAGAAAGAGUCUUAGAACAAGUCAUUAAACUUGAUCCUUCGCGGCAUCUUUCAAGAGUUUUACUGGCACAAAUUUACCAGGAUAAAAAGUUGUAUGAUGCAGCGGAGGAACAAAUAGAUACAGCAAUUAAGUUAACAAAAGGAAAAUUGCGGAUAACAGUUAUGCAAAGGAUUGGGCAGUUUUACCGAAAACAAAGGAGAUUUGAUGAAGCUUUAACAUGUUUUGAAGAGGUUAGAACAGCAAAUCCGAAAAGUGUUUUUAAUUUAGACCAGAUGGCUCUUACCUACAAAGCCAAAUCUUAUGCAGUUAGGAAUACCCAUCAGUCUCAUGUAUUUUUGGAAACUGCGUUGAAACUGUGCCAGGAAGCAUGUGAUAUUAGUGAGGAGAAUUCAGAUGUGAAGCUAACUAUGGCACACAUCCUACUACUGUUCGGUAGGCAUUCAGAUGCGAGAAUCUGCUAUGCCGAGUUAAGUGAAACCGCAGGUGCUGGAAUCAAGUCUAAAGUGCAUUUUAGAUUUGGCCAAUUCUUAGAUAGAAUUGGAGAUAAGCCAGAUGCAAUAGAGCAAUACAUAUCAGCUAUUAGAUGUAAUCAUGAAUCUUUUUUCGGAAAAAAGGCAGUUGAUAAAAUUUUUGAAAUGAAAAACAUCUUACAUAGCGAGCUUGGCAAUGAUCGUGCUCUAGACAUUCUGGGUUGGGUGCAUAGUAAACUUGGUGAUCUUAAAACUGCAGUUUUUUACUACGAGACGGAAUGGGAAACCAAUCACACUGAUGAAUUGAGGGAAGUCUUGAUUGAUUUACAUCUGAAAUUACGCAACAUUGAAAAAACGAAACACUAUCUGAAGGACGUUAAGGAAAGUGAAUCAGUUGACAAAUUAAAAGGUAGACAUCAUAAUUUGGUUGGUGAGGAAGAAAACAAACUCGGAAAAAUAGCAGCAGCCAGAAAAGAGUUUUCGAUUUCUACUCAAUAUUUCUGUUUGGAUGGGGCAGAAAAUCUCAUUAGAAUUCUAACCAAAUGUUCAAUUGAACAGACAUGCGAAAAUGAGUGGUUUACGGAUUGCGCCAAAAUAGCAGAUUUCAUAGCCUAA